UGCUCUGGAUUCCAGUGACGUGGUGCUGACGGCUGCCUCCGGACUGAACCCUGCUUCUGAAUCUGGACGCGGAUUAAAGCUCUCCCGUGGCGGGUCCGGAUCAUGCACAAUGGAGAAUUCCAUCUCUGAGGCAGAUUUAAUUGGCAGCAGUUAUGUUCGCAUUACCAAACUUUGCUGUGAACAGGGUGGUGCAUAUCCUAGGAAAUUUUCACAAGUUAAGGCAAAUCUGGAACUGGAUAUCUGCAAAAUUUGGUGUAGUAAGCCACUUCAUGUCCUUCGAGAUUACUGUGAUGUCAUUAAAAUAUACAUCUUCUGGCCGCUUCUUUUUCAACGUGAACAGAAUCCUGUAGUAUCUCAGUUACAUCCUUGUAUAGACAUCAGCUCUAGUACUUGUGAAUUAAGUUUGAAGAGAUUGCAGCAUAUUGAAUUGCUGGAAGAUAUUGUGGAUUUGGCAAAGAAAGUUGUGGAUGAUCAGUUCUUUAUCGGUGGUAUACUGAGAAUUGGUUAUAAGAUAGAAAAUAAAAUCUUGGCAAUUGAGGAGGCUUUCAACUGGGUGAAGUAUACAGGAGAAUUCAGAGUUCUGCGUAAAUUGGAGAGGGCUGAAAAUUGUUGGCCUAUGCUAAGUAUUUUCUUUACUGAAUACAAGUACCAUAUAACCAAAGUUGUACUGGAAGACUGCAAUUUAGUUGAAGAAUUUGAAUAUCAGAACUGUGCUGCUUGUAUAAAGGAAGGUGAAAUUAUGAAAACAAGAGGAAAUGAAGAAUUCUCAGAAGAGAGGUUUGAUACUGCUAUCACAUAUUAUACCAGAGCAAUUGAAUUUAGACCUGAAAAUCACCUACUUUAUAGUAAUCGAGCUCUUUGUUUCCUUCGUACUGGUCAAUUCAAGAGUGCACUUGGUGAUGGAAAAAGGGCCACUAUUCUGAAAUACAAUUGGCCAAAGGGCCAUUAUCGUUUUUGUGAUGCUCUCUCAAUGCUGGGGGAGCAUGCCUGGGCAUUAGAAGCAAAUGAGAGAGCUCAGCAUCUUUGCAGAAACUACCCUGAUGGAAUGAAGGAUCUUACUCAGCAGAACGUAAAAUUACAAAAAGAAGUGGAAGAAUUACGAGGUUCAAAACACGGAAAUCAUCAAAUAAGGAAAUCGUUUUAUGGGAAAAAGUUAUCUUCAGGUUAUAAUUCUCCAAGACCUUUACAUUAUGGUUUUCUUAAUUUUAUGGAAACCAAUGAAGAAAACAAGGUAUUGAGAUUAGCAUCGAAAUAUCGUGACUAUUAUCAGUAUCAGAAUUUGAAGGUAUCUCGUGAAAUUUUGAAAUUAGAAAAUAAAGAGUACCCAUUGGAGUUGCCACCAGGUCAUAGCCCUAAAUAUAAAGGAAAAUCAAAGAACAAAAGUGAUGAUAUGGGAAAGCCAAGCCUGCAACUGAAUUUACAAAUAGAUUUGCAAAGCUUGUUGGAUAAACAGUUCAGUAAAUCUUCCAGAGCUGUACAACAGGAUUUUGCUAUAUUGAUAAAAAUGCUGCAGUCCCUUAUUGAAGAAGGUUGCACAGCCUUGAUGGACCAACAUUGUCGAAGUGCAGCAAAAGCCUUUUCACGGUUGUUAAGUGACUUGGAUCCCAAUAAAUUGAAGCAACUGAACCUUGCCCUUAUUAACUAUGUCCUAGUAAUCUAUGGUUAUGCCAUCUCUCUUCUUGGAAUAGGAAUGCCUGAGGAAUUAUCAGAAGCUGAAUAUCAAUUUAAGAGAAUUAUUGAGCAAUAUCCCAAUGAAGGAGUUGACUGCUUAGCCUAUUUUGGAAUUGGAAAAGUAUAUUUGAAAAAGAAUAGAUUUUCAGAUGCACUUGGUCAUUUUGAAAAAUCUAAGACCAUGAUUAAACUUAUUCCUGGAGUAUUGACUUGGCCUACAACUAAUGUGGUUAUUGAAGAAUCUCAAGCUGAGAAAUUGCAGUUGAUAUUGGAAAAUCAUAUUGAAGAAUGCAAAUUCCCACCAGAUCCAGAUGCAGUUUGUUGUUAUCAGAAGUGCCAUGGAUAUUCCAAAAUCCAGAUAUAUUUAAAUGAUCCAGACUUCAAGGGUUUUAUACGAAUUAACUGCUGCCAGUUUUGUAGGGUAGAAUUUCACAUUAGCUGUUGGAAAAAAUUAAAAACAACAAUUUUCAAUGAUAAAAAUGACAAGGAUUUUCUCCAAGGAACAUGUCUUACUCCUGACUGUAGAGGUAUUAUUUCUAAGAUUGUUAUCUUUGGUGCAACUGGUCAUAUUAAAUGUGAAUUUGAACAUAGAGUCACAAAAGAAAGGGAUCCACCAAGACCUGUCAUGAAGCAGAAAUGUUCUAGCCUAGAGAAGAUAAAAGUUAAAGAAGAAAGAAAAGUAAAAAGAAAACUUCAAAAAAGAGAAGCAAGAAAAUUAGCAAAAGAGAGAAUGGAAGAAAAAACUAGAGAAAGCAGCUUAUCUAAGCAUGGUGACCAUAAAGGAUUUGUACAAAGUUGCCAAUUUCCCGAUGAUAGGAUUUUGCAGUGUAUAAAACAAAAUGCUGAUCAAAUUAAAUCUGGCAUUCAGGACACCUCCAAACUCCUCAGAGAGUUGCUUUCUUGGAAGGUAAUAAACACGGAGGAUUGUUCAGAUGCUUUUUUUGAUAGCAAUUUUCUAGCUGAAACAGUGGAGCAUCUCAUCGAGCAUUUGAUAAAGAAAAACAGUAGAGUAAACACAAGAAUUUUUCUGCAUGUAUUGAGUGAGAUUGAAGACAUAAGUCCCAAACUACGUGAUUGGAUCCAGAAACUCAAUAGUUUAGGUUUGGAUGCUACAAGGAUGUUUUUUUCUCGUUAUGGUGAUUGUAUUAAAAAGCUUGAUUUUAAACUCAUAACUGUUCUCUGGGGUGAGAAAUAUGGUCAUAAACUAGACCACAUAAUCACCAGUUGUGAAGAGAGAAGAAUAGUUGAAUAUUUCAAUAAUCCAGGAUCAUUGAAGGAAGCUCGCUAUAUAAUAUGGCUAUUAGAAGAAAAUAGAGAGAAGUUUCCAGCCCUGCAUAAUGCUUUAGAUGAAUUCUUUGAUAUAAUGGAUGGCCCUUGCACUAUAUUAAAGAAACAAGAAACUGAAGAAACUUCAACUAAUGGUAUUAAGGUAAAGAACAAAACCAGAAAAAAGAAGCAUAAAGAAUCAAAGCCUGUUUUUAUACUCUCUGGAGUUGGUGGAGUAACACAAAAUGAUGAUAAAACUGGUACAGAUGAAAGUAGUUUACUUCAGUCAAAUUCUUAUGACCCAUUUGUAGUACCCGAUUAUCUUCGAGAUGAAGUAGAAGAAUUUGAAGCUCUAUAUGAAAAAAAUAGUUCAAAUAACUGCAAUUAUCAGAAGUUGUUGGACAGUAACCUAGACCCAAAAUAUGAACCAUUAUAUGACUAUUUUUCUCAGAUCCUGGAAGAACAUGGCCCUUUGGAAAUUGAUGACAAGUUAUUGGUUGGAGAAUAUGAACAUUUUCCUGAAGAAACUAGGAAGAUUGUAGAGGAGGCAGGAGGCUUAAAAUCUUUUCUUUUGGAUUCUCUUCGCUUUGUUAUGAUAGACAAUUAUAUUGGAUUGAUGAAAGAUGCUGUUCAACUUAAGAAAAAUAAGACCACUGGAGCAGCGGGGGAAGAAAGUACUAGUUUGGAUGAGAAAGACUCAGUGUUCUCUCCAUGCUUUCAGAAAAAUGCUUCCCAGCUCAGACUACAGUUGAAUCCAGCAGCUAAGGAAUUUAAACCAGUAUCUUCUAAUUCUUUCGUACCAGGAUCUAAAAAUAAAAAAAUAAAUAAAGCUGCAAAGUAUGUAACCCCAGGAUAUAUGCCAUAUAUUCCUUUUAAUACAGUUUUUCCUAAUCAAGGAUUUGACACCAGUAACGCAUCAGUAUCUUAUGCAAAUAUGUUGCCACAGUCGACUCAAUGCAUUAGUGUAUACACAACUGUAUCUGAUAUAUCUUCAGAUUAUCAAACAAAAAGAAAAGUACCACUAGUGUCAGCUGUGUCUCCCAUCACAGAUACUGAAAGACCAAUCCUUGAACAAGAAGGUUCCUCUGAUAAACUUACUUGUGAAAAACAGAUUGAUCAGGACACUCAGAAAACAACGGUAAAGUCAGAAAAAGAUAAUACUGACAAAGAUGCAUACAUCAGCAAUAAUGAUCAUUGUGAUUUUGGUACUAGUAAACUGGAAACAGAAAUGAAAAAUACUGAUGUCAUUAAAAGUACUCCAUGUGUACGAAUGGUUGCCAUACAGGUGAAAAAAGACUUAAUCCACCAGGAGGUUAAUACGGUGCCUUUUAGUCCAUUUGAAACACAACAAGGUGAUAUUUUACGAAUGGAAAAGGAACAUCAAGUAUUACAAGAGCAACUUAAAGAAGCAAGGGAAAAAUAUGAACAGUUAAAAUGUAGAAGUACAGAGGAGACCAGAGAGCUGGAAGAAAAACUGAAAAGAACAACAGAAGAAAAUAAGAUUUCCAAGACUGAAUUGAAUUGGUUUCAUCAAGAUUUGGAAAUAGAAAUGAAAAAAUGGCAACAGGAAAAAAAGGAAAAUCAAGAAAAAUUAAAAACUCUAAGAAAUAAAGUUAAAAAGCUUACAGAUACCAGUGAAAUAUAUUCAAGGAAUAACGAAGAAAAGGAUCAACAAUAUGCAUCACACUUGGAUGAAUUUCUCAAAAUCAGUAAUAAAUUUGCAAAUGAAAAAUUGAAAAUGGAGGAACUUAUAAAGAAGGGAAAAGAGAAUUACCAUGAAACUAUUAAAAGAGCUACGGCUGCAGAGGUAUCCGUACUUGAAAACUGGAAAGAUACUGAUGUGAAUAAAUUGCAGAUCAAUGCAUCAAAAGCAGAAAUGUAUGUUAAGAACCUAAAGUCUAUGAACAGUGGUUCUGCAUCAUAUCUUAAUUUGGAAUCUGAGAUUAAUCACUGGGAGUCAUUUAUUUCAAAAAUAAAAGAAGAAAUUGAGAAUGCAGAGUUGGAGUUUGAAGACCGAAUUCAGAAAGUUAAAGCUGGUUCUCAACUUGAUAAACUUUCUAAAGUAAAAGUUCCUGAAUUUCCAUUGCCUGCAAGUAAUUUAUUAAUUCAAGACACUCAUAUUAAUGAUCCAGCUAUUAUGACAUAUUCUACACAAGUUCAUCCUAAAUUACCUCCUGAAUUUUCAUGUCCUGAUGAUCAAAGUCCAGUGAUUACCCCAACUAACUUAUUAACUGGAAACCAAGCCCUGGCACCUCAGAACACAAGUCUGCAUUCCGUCGGUGACUGCUCAAUGGAGAUACCUUCUGUACUUUUACAAGCAUCUUAUACUGAUCCGUGUCAGGUCACCCAGUCAUCAUUGGUUGAAAAGGAUACUCAAUUCAGUCAAAGCUCCGAAGGUGUUGCACAGACAUGUGCCGGCACUCCAACCCAGCCACAGAAGAAUCCUUUUAACGGUGUGAUUGAGCAUCUGGCAACCAUAUUCCCAAAUUACAGCAGUGCUGAGCUUUUGAAUUUUAUCCAGAAAGUACAAAAUCAAGACACAAUCACACAUGCACGUUUGGAGUCUGAUGAAAUUGUCAGAAGUGUAACAGAACUCAUUCUAGAUGAGCAGAAUAAAAAAACGGCAGUUCAAGGAAACUACAUGAACACUGUAUCUAGUGCUGCUGCUGAAUCUUCUGGUCUUAGACAUUCAGCAGAAAAUGUAUCAGUAUCUAGUCCCUCCAUAGUCCCAGCUUCCCAGACAGUUGCCAACAGACCCUGGGUAGUUGUUGGAGGACCCUCCAAGUCAGAGUGGCAAAAAUCAAAUGAUUCCCUUGCCUGCAGUGAUGAUCCCUGCAUAAUAUGCUAUGAAGACCUAGACCAGGAGCAUGUAUGUGAGAUGGAUUGUGGGCACCAGUUUCAUAAAUGGUGUAUUGAGCAGUGGCUUAAAGAACAGAGUACAUGCCCAACAUGCCGUGAAUAUGUCCUGUUAGCAGAAGAAUUUCCUGCACUUUCUGGAUCAGGCCGGCCUGCUUAAAAUUUAACAACUGCCUUACUGCUAUUCCAUUUAGCCAAAAGUUCCCUAAAUAUUAAUGUUGAACAUAAGUAACUAUAUCGCAAACACAAAAUACACUUGAAUAUGUGAAGCAUGUAUACGUAUUUGAAGAAAAACUAUUACUAUACUACCCAAUAGUACACAAUCACAAAAUAAUUGAUUACUACUUAACAUAUGAAUAGUAUAUAAGAUUUUUUUUUUUACUGCAAAUUUGGAAAAGAAAUCAGAUGUCUGCAAAUGAAAUAAGGUUUCCUCAUCUGUAAAAAGUACUCAUGAUCUCUAAGGAUUUUUCACUUCUAACAUUCUCUAUGACUCUUUGAUCAUAUCUUUACAUAUGGCAAAGUGACUAAAUUUAGUGUCAGAGUUUUUAUUGGAGAGACACUUCAGAGAUUGAAAGGUUCCAUUAAGAAAUGUAUUUUGAAUUAAAGCUUCUCAUUUUCCCCUUAAUGGUUUGGAAAAUGUGGUUGCUUGAAAAUAUGAUUAAGCUUUGUUCUUUUCCCGUAAUCUGCAUUAAAAGUAAAUUUGAGGAAGCCAUGGUUUUAUAAUCUGUACUAAAUAUUUAAGCAUUGGCUUAAUUUUGAUUGAAGUAUUCCAAUCUUACCCUCUUUCAGAUAGGCCAGGCUUAGCUUUGCUUUUUAUUUCAUGAGUCUAUUGUAAAAUUAUUUUAUGCAUAAGUUUAUAAUCUGCCUAAUGUCCUUUCCCCCUGUAUUUUUAUUGGAAAUAGAUUUUAUUCAAUAUUAGUAAAGUUACUUAGUUCUCUGAAUUGUAUAGACUAUAUAUGUUACUAUAUAGGCUACCAGAACCCUGAACUAGGAAUUCAUUCUUCAAUAGUAGGAGUAGAAUUUCUUUACACACAUGAUUAUUUAUUAAGUUUAUUUUCUAUGCUCACCACAUUAUGAGGAAAACAAAGGCUGAAUAACAUCACCACCAUUGUCUUUCCAAAUUUGUUCCCAAAUAUAGACUACAUCCCUAAAUUGAGAUGUCUCUGAAAGGAAAUAAUUGGUUGUCCUCACAUUGUACUCUCAACCUAACCAAGGUAUUGGGUGAAGGGAAGAGUUCAGCUUAUAUUUAGAUUAAUAUAACACAUUAAUCAACUUGAUUUUACUCCUAAACAACUUCCAAAAACUGGUAAGAAAUCUUGAAUUUAGUGAUAUAUAGGCAGAAAGUUUAAUUAUACUGUUAAUCAGUUAAUCCUGAAUAAAUUCCAUUUCUCUGAAACUGGAAUGGUUGGAAAAAAAAAACAUUUUAAAUGUGGUCUGCAUUGUUUUUGAAAUUGGUGAGUUUCUCUAAAUUUAUCUCAUAAGUUUUCAUAUUAAUAUUUCAACCACUAGGGCUCACUUCUUACCUAAUUGCUUCUUAGAAAAUUGAGAAAUUAAUGGAUUUGUUCAAAAAAUGCUUAUUGGACACCUAUUUUAAAAAUUCUUCUUAUUUCAAUAAAAUCUUGUAAUGUACUUUGUAGUUAUUGUUGACCCAAUAAUCUUUAAAAUAAAUACCACCUUAAUUAACA